AUGUCCAACGAAGGGCUCAAUGCCAUCCCAUCCAGGCUCACGAAGUUCGAAUUUCUCUACUGCCGAUCUAUCAAACAACGAUGCAUCAGUAUUAGGACCCUGCAGGACGAAAUAAAAGCUUCGCAAAUUCGGUCAUACUAUACGUGCCAAUAUCUCGUGGCUCCCGAUCCCAUACUCGCAUUUGAAGUGGAUAAAGAUCGCACCGAGCCAACCUUUCCUUGUCUCUACCAGUAUAUGUCGAAAUUUAAGAUCACAAACCUUACGAAAAGCUCCAACGAUUCGAAUACUCGAUAUUGGGAAAUUUUCCGCUCUGAAGAGUUAAUGGGGAUAUUUGAAACGGCGGUAUCGUUCAAUUCCGAGCCGAGACAAGUCGUCACCACGACUUGGGAUCGCCGUGGGCCCGACUGCAUUCGAAGCAACGACCUCAGGCCGUCACGUCUCACACGCGCAUACAACAAUAUGGUACGAAUUACCAAUGAGUCAUACAGCUCAAAACCAAGUCCCGGCCACCGAACGCUCCAGAAAAAAGUACGAAACUAUAAAUCAUUUUCUGUUGCUGUCGUAAAAAAGGAAGGGCCUUCUGACAACGAUAUCAUCGCCCCUCUAUCGCGCUCCCCCUUGCCGAAACUGGAUAAUAUAUAUGGUUGGAGACACCCUGCUGAACUCGACUAUCUGGACACCGUUGAUUGGUCGAAAGCCGACGUCAUCAAAUUCCUCGGCCGGUGGACUACCGUCACAUUGGGAGACGGAUCAACGACGGACAUCCCUACUCCAUACCGUAUCCCUCUCAUGUUCGCUGCCGACUUUCAAUGGACAUCUCUCCAGCUGGUUCUCUCUGUUGACGCAAAGUUUCAGAAGAAGGAAUGGGAUGAGUUGAAAGGAGGGAUACUUCAUGUUGCGCGGCUGUGCGAUGCCAUGCUGAGAGCAGCUCGGAGAGCCAUGGGUGUGGGAAUGAAGCAUACAUGGCUCUGCAAGGCGUUCGACAGGGCGCUCGUGAGAUAUCAUCUGGGUUGGCUUCUUUCUGAUCCAGGGAAUGUUCAGGAGUUUUGGGAUUCGUACGGAAAAGAAGAGUAUGAGAAGGAUCCCGUUAAGCUUGACUGGAAGAGAUGGGUUUUGAAGGGGUAUAAAGGAUUUAAGCUCCACGAGGGGCAGAUAGAGGGCGGUAUCACGCUAUACCAUUGGAUGCGUGGUUUGAAGGAACAUCAGGGCGAUUGGGUAUGGGAUCCGGCCGAUGAGCUUCCAUCAUCUCAUUCUGCCCUGAAGUAUCUUGAACUUUGGAACAAAACAGGGAUUUGGGGGAAAGACUUUGAAACAGCGGCAUCAACAGAUUUGAGUUCAUCAUCCCGCCUGCCAAUCUGUCCUUCGCUUCAAGGAACAGGAACAGCGGAUCUCCCUGCUCGAGAUGGAAGUUCAGAACUUGAAGCAGGGUACUUUGAAUAUUACAUUCCCAUCGUGUCCCUCUCCUCUCCGGAAAACAUUCGUACCUGCGCGAAAUUUCCCUGA